AUGGAGGUCAAACCCUCAGCUAACCCAGUGGUGGUGGGUCAAAGCAUCACCCUGUCCCUGUCCCCUCCCACCUCCCUGAACAGUGGCAGCUGGGCAGUGGGGGAUGUCUUCAUUCUCACCUGGUCCAAAUUAGGUGACAAAGACCAGGUGGCAGUCUACCCCAACUACAUGGGUCGGGCGUCAAUAGAUGGUAGCAGAGCGCUGACUUUAAGCUCUCUCAGCAUGAAUGAUUCUGGGGUGUACACCAUGAGGAGCACUGACCCGGGGGUCACUGCAUCCGUCAAACUCACUGUACUGGAGCCUGUUUCCAAUGUUACCACAAGUUCCAAUGAUUCUGCUCUGAUUGAACACAUGGACACGGCUGUUGCCUUGUGUUCCGUCUCCUCGGGGUCCUUCAUUUCACUGGUCUGGUUUAACAGCAGCUCUGAAGUUACAGCCAAUGACCGGGUCCAGCUCACUGAGGGAAACUCCACUCUCACUAUAGUCAAAGUCAGCCGCCAUGACCAGGGACCCUUCACAUGCUGCGCUUUUAAUCCUGUCAGUAAUGCAACCAGUAACCCAGUCAACUUCACCAUAUACUAUGGGCCUGAUAAUAUGAACAUGACUCUUGGAUCUCAUACAACUGGAUCUAAUGUGACGGCAGUGUGUGCAUCUGAGUCCAAUCCUCCAGCUCAAAUGCAGUGGGCUUUCAAAGAACAACUUUUGAACACCACCGGCUCUGUGUUGGAGUUAUACCAUGUCACUAAAGACCAAAGUGGCUCUUAUUCCUGUUUCGCCUUCAACAAUGAGACAAACCUGAGCCGCAAUGUCACUGGAUACCUUGAUAUAAAAGGUGAGGAGGGAAAAAAAUACUAUUAUAAAAAC